UAUUUGACAUUGACGUUUUAUAAAGAAAACAUGUGUCAUGUCGGACCUUAUUUUUAGUGUAUUUCCGACGUAAUCGUUAGAAUUUUUCAUUAUUGUGUUAUAAUUAUCACAAAAAUUAACAUGGAAGUUGAAGACAAUAUUGAAAUGGAAGCCACUGGUCCCAUUGAAAAUGCGUGGGCUAUGAAAAUUCCUAAAUUUACCCCAGAAGAUAAUCCGCAUGGUCUUAUCGAAGAAAGUAAAUUUGCCACUCUAUUCCCUAAAUAUCGAGAACAAUAUCUCAAAGAAUGUUGGCCGUUGGUUCAAAAGGUAUUAAAAGAGCAUCAUAUAAUAGCAGAUUUAGAUUUAAUCGAAGGUAGUUUAACUGUAAAAACUACGAGAAAAACGUGGGAUCCCUAUAUCAUAAUCAAAGCUAGAGAUUUUAUGAAGUUACUGUCGCGAAGCGUUCCUUUUGAACAAGCUGUAAGGGUAUUAGAAGAUGAGAUAGGAAGUGACAUUAUAAAAAUCAAUUCAUUUGUCAAAAAAAAGGAAACAUUUUUAAAACGAAGGCAAAGAUUGAUCGGUCCAAAUGGUGUUACCCUUAAGUCAAUCGAGCUACUUACAGAGUGCUAUGUUCUUGUUCAAGGAAAUACAGUUUCUGCUGUAGGACCUUACAAAGGGUUAGUACAAGUUAGACGUAUUGUUGAGGACACUAUGAAAAACAUUCAUCCAAUGUAUAAUAUUAAAAGUCUUAUGAUCAAAAGAGAAUUGAUGAAGGAUCCGAGACUAAAGAAUGAAAGUUGGGAAAGAUUUCUACCGCAGUUUAAAAGUAAAAAUGUUCCUAGGAAAAAGCCUAAGAAUAAGAUUAAAAAGAAGCCAUACACACCUUUCCCACCACCACAGCCUGAAAGCAAAAUUGAUAAAGAACUUGCUACUGGCGAAUAUUUCCUUAAAGAUGAACAAAAGAGGGCCAAGCGGCGACACGAAAAGGAAGAAAAACAAGUUGAAGCCAAGAAAGCCCGAGAAGAAGAGAGGAAAAAAGGUUUUAUACCUCCAAAAGAAAAAGUAAUAAUACAAAAUGUAAAUGACGAACCUUCUAUUGACAUUAAUAAAUUUAAAGCUAAGAUGAAAAAGGUGUCAAAAGAAAAUAAAUCUUACAAUAAAGAUAAACACAAAUGA